AUGGCCGAGCCAGUAACUACCAACAUCGAACCUAAAACACCAGCUAGCGAUGAUACCCCGCACGAUGCUUUACUGCUCCCGAGGCUUGCCCUUCUAGACGCGGGAAAAAUUCCUUUGACAUCCUGGACGCCAUCCUCAGAUGAGGAGCAGCGCAUAUUCCGCGUCUGGAAGGGCUUCACACUAGCCGAACGAACCAAGGAUACGGUGUCUUGGAUAUGGGACUACGGCGUUGAGAUUCAAUCAGAAGCGUCCAGGCGAUGGAUCUGCAUGCCGUGCGUGCGCCAAAAAGCAUCAUCACCACAGUCAUACGAAUCAAGAGGCACACAGAAUGCCGAGCACCACCUCUGGAAGUCUCACGGCUACUGGGAUCCGUCAGGACGACGACGAACGCCACUGCAGACGAAAGAGGGAAGGAAAGCCUUCGCAUCGAUCACAGACCUCAUGGGCCUCAAACGUUUGGAGCCUAACGACCAGGCCCUGGCGAACAACCUAAUCCGACGAUUCGAUCAAGCCGAGUUCCAGAAGCUGGUGGUGAACUGGAUAGUAGAGAGCCAGCAGUCAUUCAGGCAGGUCGAACAUCCACGUCUGCGACAAAUAUUCGAAUACCUGAAUCCUGCGGUGCGUAUCAAGGAUGCGCAUGUUACUGCUAAGACUAUCCAGAGCUUGGCUAUUCAGCAGUUCGAGCGCCAUCGCGAUGCCGUUCAGCAUGCAUUGAGGAGGUCUCCGGGCCAGAUACAUAUCGCUUUCGAUGGCGCGAGGACCAGAAACCGUCACGCAUUAUACGGCGUGACGGCUGUCUUCCGAGAUGAGGACAACCAACUCCGAAAGCUUGUCCUGGGCAUUCCGGAGCUGGUGGAACGACACUCCGGCGAGAAUAUCGCUGCUGAGAUCCUUGACAUUAUUCGCUCCUUCGGCAUCGAGGACAAAGUGGGUUACUUCACCCUCGACAAUGCAGCGAACAACGACACGGCGAUGCGCGAGAUCGCGCAAGAGUUGCACUUCGAUCCGGUGCGACGGCGCGUUCGAUGCGUUGGCCACAUUCUCAAUCUCGUCGUCAAGUCCCUUCUGUUUGGAAAAGAUGUCGAGGCGUUUGAGGACACCGUCGCGAAGGGCGAAGCACUGGCAAGGGCAGCGCACGACACGUGGAUGCGGAGAGGCCCCGUCGGCAAAGCUCACAACUUUGCCAUUUGGGUCCAUCGGUCGGAUGUUCUGACGCAGUUGCUUCGCCAAAUCCAACAAGACUCGUAUGCGGCAGCUGACGACGCCGAAGUUGGGAAGCAACGGCCAGUCGACGUGGUUAUUGACAACGAUACCAGAUGGCUAUCCCAAUACUACAUGAUCAAGCGGCUGUUGCGACUGCAGCCUUUCUAUGAAGAGUUCAUUGCUAAAGCAAAGAGAAUCUUCCGAGAUGGCCGGAGAGGAGAGGUAGGCCGGAGGUUUCCUCCUUGUCUUGAGGAGUCAAGCUUCCUCACCGAGAACGAUUGGGCGGUGCUCAGGACUUUUGACGAGAUCCUCUCGGACUUCCACGUGGUUGUACAAGCGCUCCAGGGCGAUGGGCAGCCGCGUUGUCGCGCCUCCGGCAUACGAGAGACCUUCGGUUCGAUGACUGACGUGCUAGAGGCAUUUGAGUUCCUUCUGAGCAAGCUGGAAGACGCAAAGUCGCAGAUCGAGACGCAUCCCGAGCCGGAGCAUUUUGGCAUUAACGUCAAUCUUGGCUGGAUGAAGCUGGACAAGUACUAUAAUACCUUGAGAGACACGCCGGUCUACUACGCUGCCGCUGCUUUGCAUCCUGGGCUGCGAUGGACUUAUUUUGACGAGAUUUGGGGCCGGCACCACCCGGAAUGGGUUGAAGAAGCGAAGCAGAUUGUGCAGCAGCUCUGGAGCAAUGAAUAUAGUAACCUGCAAAUCACAGUCGCAUCCACUGCCGAUGGGCCAGCGCUAAAAAAGCAGAAGACUGUGCUGUCCUCAUUUGAUAGGUACCGUAAUAGACACCGGCAAAGCAAUGCACCCACUGCCGGAGCAGAUGAAUACGCACGCUGGCAAGCUAGCAUGUCGGAGCUGGACAGAGAUGUGGCUGACCCGGUGGAGUAUUGGCACCUGAAGAGAUUCGAGUAUCCUAAGCUGUCUCGAAUGGCACUUGAUGUGAUGACAGUGCCGGCCAUGAGCGCAGAGUGCGAGAGGCUGUUCUCGGCAGCAGGGCUAAUGGAAAUCGAUGUGGAGACGACAUGGGUCCUCAAUAUUGUGGCCAUCAACCCACGAGAAGGCUUCGUGGACUCAACCCACGACAGCGCUGCUGAAUUCUCCAUCGGCAAGCUAUGUAGCGACACAAUGGCAGCUGCAGCACUGGCUGGUGUCACGGUAGCCCGGAUCGCCUUCUUGUGCCUCCGAUUGCAAACGACCACUCUCCAAACGCAGGCCUCUCUUGCCUCUGACAUACUCUCAAUCAUCGGCAGCAUCGCCGCAAUCCUGCUCUCCUUUCUCCACCACCAGCGCUCUCUUCGACCGUCGACACUACUGAGCCUAUUUCUCUCUGCGCAGACCAUCCUCGACAUCCCCAGAGCCCGAACACUAUGGCUGUUUCAAGGCAACACCGCCGAGGCGGCUGUCAUGACCAUGGCGCUAAUCACCACCUCUACGGCUCUCUUGCUAGAGUCACUCAGCAAGAAGUCGAUCAUUCUAGAUAAAGACAUUGAUAAUGCACCAGAACAGCACAGCGGCCUCUGGGCCCGCACUGCUUUUGUAUGGCUGACGACUACGUUUUACAUGGGAUAUUCUAGCAUCCUAGACCACGAUGAUUUGCCAUUUCUCGAUACUAAACUGCACAGCCAGUCUUUGCGUGACAAGCUUGCAACUACUUGGACCAACUAUAAUCACAAGGCUCCGCACAGCCUGCUCAAAGCAUCUCUCCGAACAAACAUUCUUUCCUUCUCGUUCGCCGUCCCGCCACGUAUCUGCAAAUCUGCAUUCUAUUUUGCGCAGCCUUUUCUUAUUGAUGCCACUAUUACAUACGUGCAAGCCAUCUCGCCUAACAGGAGCUUUGGCCAAGGAUUGAUUGGAGCAUGGGCUCUGGUUUUCCUUGGGAUCGCAUGCUCGAACUCGCUCACCUCCUACCAAACCCUUCGGUUCGUAACGAGAAUAAAGGGAGGGCUGACUGCACUCGUCUAUCAGCACACAAUUAUCACACGAGCCGUAGAUCUCGGACCUACAACAGCCAUCGCGCUAAUGGGAACGGAUAUUGAGCGCAUUGGCUUCAACUUGCUACAGAUUCACGAGAUCUGGGCGUCCAUUGUCGAAAUUGCUGUAGCCAUCUGGCUGCUGGAGCGUCAAGUUUCCAUUGCCUGCCUGGCGCCCGUAGUUGUUAUCUUAGCCGCCAUUGCCAUUAACACUCCUAUCUCCAAAGCUGCCAAAAAAGCGCAAGUAGGAUGGAUUGAGAGGGUGCAGGAGCGUCUUCGCAUCACCUCCAGCAUGCUUGACGACGUGCAAGCAGUUAAAAUGCUUGGUCUUAGCAUAGUCAUGUCCGACAUCAUUCAAAGGCUUCGCAGAGUUGAGAUAGAAACAUCCAAAGUCUUUCGAAAGCUACUUGUCUCAAACGUCCUCUUGUCCGAGUGCCCACAGAACAUAUCACCGCUGGCUACAUUUGCGACGACCGUCAUUAUUACUCUCUAUAGAGAAAAUGGCUCGCUUCUCACUGCCCAGGCAUUCACCUCGAUAGCUUUGAUCAAUCUCCUUACCGUUCCAGUAAUCCAGCUUGUGCAACUGAUGCCACAGUUACAGCAGUGCAUCGGGAGUUUUGAGCGAAUCCAGGAAUACUGUAACUAUGCGCCUGACGACAACAAAAAGGAUGAUUCAAGUCAUUAUACCACCAAGACUGCACCAUCGAUCAGUCUUGAUCUUCCGGUCGCUCCACGAGAACAAGAAAACGGUCAACAUAAGCGAAAUGCAAUCACGCUACAGAAUAGCAGCUUCUCGUGGGACAAAGCCAAGCCACCGUUCCUCAAGUCAAUAAACAUGAAGGUCCUGAAUGGGAGCAUCCUGUGCUGCACUGGGCCGGUAGGUAGUGGCAAGACGAUGCUACUAGAGAGCAUGCUCGGCGAAAAAUUUCAAGUCCAUGGGUCAACAUCGCAUUCCGCGUCUCCCAUUGCUUAUUGCCCACAGCAAACGUGGCUUGAGAAUGGCACAAUUCGAAGCAACAUUACUGGAAUUCUCGAUUAUGAACAAGAAUGGUACCGGAAAGUCACCUCUGCAUGUGGGCUGGACACCGAUUUUAAGGCCUUGGAACAUGGCGAUCUCACUGUCAUUGGCAGCAAAGGCCUCAAUCUCAGCGGUGGGCAGAAGCAAAGAAUUGCUCUUGCUCGAGCAGCAUUCUCUCGCAUGAAAAUAUAUUUCCUUGAUGACGUCUUCAGCGGUAUGGAUGCUCGCACGGUAGACCACAUCUCGCAAAGACUUCUAGGGAGUGACGGCUUGCUGAGCAAAGGCUCAACAGUCAUUUUGACAACACACAACCACAAGCUUCUGAGUUUUGCGGAUACGGUCAUUGCCCUUGAGGACGGUCGAAUCGUAGAGAGUGGGACUCCGCAAAGGCUCUUGGCUUGCAACGGGGUUGUUGCAAACCUUCGAAACAGCAUUCAAGAUGAUUGUUGCGAUCUCGGAGAUGGGAAUUCGGAAGAUGCAACGGUCCAGCAAGUGGGGAGUUUGGUAGCGGAAUCGCUGCCCUCCACACCAGAGUAUGGAACAGGACACGAUAAUGUCCUGGAUACAAGGCGCAAGCAAGGUGACUGGUCAGUGUAUAGCUACUACCUUUCCAGCUCUGGCUACUCUAUCGUGUCAAUUUUCCUCGCCAGCAUGGCCUUCUGGGUAUUCUGUACCGAAUUUUCAACUGUCUGGCUCAAAUGGUGGUCGGGGGCCAAUGAGAUGGAGGCCAACAAGGAUGUAGGCACUUUUAUGGGCGUAUAUGCGUUUCUCAGUCUCUUCGGUGUUGUCGCAAUUGGCAUUUCUUGCUGGUUCGGUAUCAUCAACAUCAUAUCCAAUUCUGCCAUCAGCCUCCACUCGGAUCUACUGGCUAGCACAAUAAGAAAACCCUUGUGGUUCUUUACGAAAGUCGACACAGGAACGUUGACAAACAGAUUCAGGCAUCCCGCAAACAGCCAAGACAUGGAGCUUAUCGACAUGAACCUGCCUCUCGUCAUGAUAAAUUAUAUUGCGACUGCACUGUCCGUCGCCGCCAAAGGCAUCAUUCUCCUAGUGUUUUCGCGCUACUUGGCAGCCAUGACACCCUUUGUCAUUGUGCUUUUAUAUCUACUACAAUCGUUUUACUUGAAAACUUCGCGACAGGUUCGUCUCCUUGAGAUUGAAGCCAAAGCACCGCUGUAUACGCACUUUAUUGAGUCUGUUUCUGGAGCUUCCACUAUUCGAGCCUUUGGCUGGCAAUCUGAGUACAGGGCGCGCAAUAGCAAGCUUAUUGAUCGAGCCCAAAGAGCCGCAUAUCUGCAAACCUGCAUCCAAACAUGGCUGGGAUUUGCGCUAGAUGUGCUGAUCGCCGUCAUAGCAACGGUGUUAGUGGCUGUUGUCGCGACAUGGAAAGACAAGUUCAGCGGCGGGAAUGUUGGUGUUGCGCUUGUCAUGAACAUGACAUUCUCAUCCACCCUUAUGAGAAUGAUGAAGACUUGGACAACAAUGGAAUCUAGUGUUGGCGCUGUUGCCCGCGUUAAGAACUUUAUAACGGAGAGGGAAUCGGAAGACAAUACCGCGGGCACGGUUGAGGUGGCGCAAGACUGGCCAAUGACAGGUAGGAUCGAGUUCAAAGAUCUUGUGGCUGCACACUCCCCGACGACAGAGCCCGUUUUAAAAGGGCUUACCCUCACGAUCAAGCCUUCCGAGCAUAUUGCCGUCUGCGGUCGAUCAGGCUGUGGAAAGACUUCCACUAUACUCGCUCUACUUCGCCUGAUUGACACGCGACAAGGAAAGAUCAUGAUAGACGACGUUGACAUUUCUCAUAUUCGAAGCGACGAAGUCCGUACCCGUCUCAACGUUGUACCUCAAGAUCCGCUCCUCAUUCCUGGUACAAUCCGCUUCAACAUUGAUCCAUUAGGCAAAUCUUCAGACAACCAUGUUAUCAGAGCACUAGAGCGCGUGCAGCUUUGGAGUAUCAUUUCGGAGCUUCCCGGGAAGCUGUCAGCGCAGAUGAAUGCCGAUGUGUGGUCAGCUGGGCAGAAACAACUUCUGUGUCUUGCACGGGCAAUGGUUAGGAGAAGUAGUGUGCUGAUACUCGACGAGGCCACGAGCAGUGUUGACAGCAAAAUGGAGGCACUUAUGCAGGACAUUAUAGACGACGUCUUCAAAUCCUGCACCGUCGUUGCUGUCAUGCAUCGCUUGAGCUACAUUACUCGGUACGACAAGGUUGCUGUUCUAGAUGAGGGGCAGUUGAUGGAAUACAAUGCUCCCGAGGUUCUGCUAGCUCAAGACUCGAGACUCGCUCAACUAUACCGGCUGAACAUGUGA